AUCUUAUAAUUUAUCAUGUAAUUUUUUUUUUGGGUGGGGGGGGUGCCUUCCCCUUUAAGCAUAUCUAAAAGUAAGCUGGGCGUUGGACUGUUAUUACUAUGGCAUUAAAACUAGUGAAAGGUUACGAUAACGAACAGUGAUCAAUCUCAUAAAUACAAAAUAGAUAGUUGGGCAAACACUGACCCCAGUACGCACCAGAGGUGGGAUCAGGUGCCAAGGAGUAAGCAUCAUCUGUAGACCGAUCACACACGCCGUGAGCCCUAUAUCUUGAUCAUGUAAACGGAGUUAUCCGUAGUAGAAGUAGGUACAGUUUCUGGCAUAUAUCUGGCAUAUAUUUUACUCUCUUGAAACACUGAUUAAGGUUAAUUCCAGACACAUUUUAAAGAGAGAAAAAUUUUGGGCCUUUUUAUGUAUACAAUGUAAAACUUAUACAGCACCAAUUUUGAUGCACCAGAUGCGCAUUUCGACAAAUAAUGUCUCUUUAGUGAUGUUCAACCGAAAUGUUUGAAGUCCGAAAUAAAAAUGAAGUCUUAGAGCUAUUAUAGGCAAAAACAGCGUGCCAAAAAGUGGAGUCAAAUUCGUCUAAGGAUAAGAGUUUUGCAUGAGGGAGAUAAUCCUUAAUUUUGAAAUGAAUUUCUAAAUUUUAUAACAGCAAUUAAAUAUACAUUCGUAUUUUCAAGCUAGUAACGAAGUACUUAGCUACUGGGCUGUAGAGACCCUCGGGGACUAACAGUCCACCAGCAGAGGCCUCGACCCAGAGGUCAUAAUGUAAAACUUAUACGGAGUUUUAACAUUUAGAUUGUAUAUGUUUUAGAUACCAGAUCAUACAAAGAGUGAUGUAAAGUCCCGAGAAUGUAACGACGAAAACGAGUAUGAUUCGGUUAUUGCAAACAUGAUAAUGAGGACAUCCAAAUUGCGUAAAGAUGCGAUUGUCACCAAGACAGUAGUCUAUUGGUGGAUGACCAUUACUUGUUUAACCAUUCUUGGCAAGACUGGAAAAUGCAUGGCGACAUGUCCAACUGUCCAGCAGACUGCACGGCGGGUACAGAGAUGUCCAGUGAAUGAAGCUGAAUGGGAGAACGCUGCAAUGAACAAGAAGUGUGGACAAUUACAUCGCAACUGUACAUCUCAUUUUAAAUACCACUGUGCUCUGAGUGUGUUUCUGAAUGAAACAUGGGAAGUGUGCUCUCCAUGGAGAUAUUUACUGGGGUAUUGUAUAGAAUACAAUGAACUUGGAAAUCGGAUACAAGACAACUACAUGAGGGACUGUUCAGCAAUGAACCCUCCAUGUCCAUCCCGCUACAACUCAACAGAAGCUUACAGAUACCAAGAGUGUUACCAAACGGUCAAACCAUCACCAGACAUCUACAAGAUGACUCCUAGUAGUACCCACACAACAAUGGUUAGUAAUACCGACACAACGGGUGAAACAAACGAAGAAACAGACAAUGGGAACAUCAUUUGGAUAGUUGUACUAUCACCCUGCAUUGUCAUUUUUCUUGCGAUAUUUCUUCUGGUGAUUAUAUGCACGGAGCAGAGGAGAAGAUAUUCAAUGACAAAAAACCCAAAGAAGAAAGACAUGAACGAAGUUGAUUUGCAUCCCCUUAAUAGUACUUAAUAGUACAAGUAACGGACAAGUCUUGACUAUUUGAGUUGACAAAAUAGUUGAAACAAAUUGAUCGCUCCAUUUCAAAAAGAAGUAGACUGAUUUUUGACCUAUGCCUAGUCUUCCUGAUAAACAGGGAACAUAUGUUUUACAAGUACAUGUAGAUGAGUCACAAAUGUGUAACUUUUUUUCUCUUGAAAAAGGGUCAGACUGUGUGUGUGUGUGUGUGUGUGUGUGUGUGUGUGUGUGUUGCAAGACCUCGCUUCUAUUUGUACGGGAUAAAAUGCUUUUUUACUGUAAUAAUUACAUUUUUAAGUAAGGAAUAGAGCCAUAUUUUACUACGUUUAUGCUUUUAAUAGUAUUAUGUCAUAAUUAAAACUAUAGUACAGUAAUAUCUCUCCUUCCCGGAAAGUUCGGCAUUUUUACGCAAAUCUACGACCGAUGUACUUAUCUAAAAUCCCCUGAGUACAGCUCAUAUGCUACAUGUACCUAGAAAACCUAAGAAUGAAUUGUUUUAAAUGUGUAUACUAGUAUAUUCUAUUACUUAACAACGUCCAGGAGUAUGUGUAAUUAGAAUUGACAAGAUGGUUUGUAAGAUGUUCAAAAGCGGAUUUUUAGCAAGCUUUUCUGAUCACUCGGUCAUUUGUCAGUCCGUCUCAAUUCAUAUUAUGUAUAUAGAUUCUUUAUGAAAAGACGACCGUGCAAUACGAUCAUAUUUGACCUUAUGACCUUGACCUACUUUCUUAAAAUACCUCGCCUUAUAUUGAUAUUUCCUGACCUAUUCAAAGAAAACCUUUAUAUUAUGUGUAUAGAUUUUUAUGGCAAGACCUUGAUUUACUGCAAUGUCUGACCUUGUGAUCUUUAUUCAAUAUCCCUCAACUAUUUAAGAUAGGGCUUUCAUAUUUUGUGUACAGAUUUCUUCAUACCAUACCAUGAUCUAUAACCGUUGUAUUAUCCAGAAGAGUAAGAGCAUCUUAGUCAUAUUGGUGUUGAGGUAUUUCUGUGUUAUGAUAAUUCAUUUUCAGUUAUGCUGUGAUCCUUUGGGGCUCAUUUGGGGCCACGAUAUGGGGUCAAAAUUUUUCAUGGAAAUAAAGAUUGAUAAAAAAUCUUAUAAAACUCACAACAGUUGAACAAUGACAGGGCCAAUAUGAAUCAGGUGAGCGAUGUGGACCAUGGGCCUAUUGCUAAAUUGUAUGACUUUAUAUGGUAAAUAUAUAAGAGAGGUCUAAACAUCCCUCCUUGGGUCUGUUCAUACCACGACUCUAUAUUUUCCAGUAUGCUUCAGAUUAGUAACGACUAUCUGUAAACAUUCUUGCCCUGUAUCGGUGUAUUUCAAGUCCGUCAGAUUAUUUUUUAUCAUUCUUUCUACUAUCAUAUUCUUGUUCUAUUAUGUAAUGUGUCUACAAAUACUAUUUUGUAUGCAUAAUUGAUUUUUUUUUUAAAUAUUUGUAUUGGAUUUUGUUGUUACUCCAUCAGAGAACGA